UCCUCACUCACCUAGUGCCGGCCGGGGAGGUGCGCGGAGAGGGCGCGCCGGGGAGCCGGGGCCUCCCUCCAGUGCGGCGCGCGCGGCCCACGGAACGCCGGGGAAGGCGGCUCGCGGGGCUGCGCGGCCGGGGACAGGCGCUGGGCGGCCACCGGGCUCCCAGCGCCGCCGCGUUCCCCAGCGCCCGGGCCGGCCCCACGGAGCGGCCUACGGGGGCGGCGCAGUUGCGAAACUGAGUUGCCUGUGUAUCUCCUCCUAGAAUACCUGCCUGGUGCUCUACCCUUCCUCAAGACUACCUCACACUCCUCCCACCUGGGGACGCCAGCACAGCAAGCUGACUGUACAGACUGCCUUCUCCAAGUUUCCAUAGCCAGAGACAUGACCUGACACCUUUGAUGACCAGUCUCAGGGCCCUUGGGUGACUGGCUGGUACACCAUGGAACUUAAAGUAUGGGUGGAUGGAGUUCAGAGGAUCGUUUGUGGGGUCACCGAAGUCACAACUUGCCAGGAGGUUGUAAUAGCCUUAGCUCAAGCAAUAGGUCGAACUGGAAGGUACACUCUAAUAGAAAAAUGGAGAGAUACUGAAAGACAUUUGGCACCUCAUGAAAAUCCUAUCAUAUCCUUAAACAAAUGGGGGCAGUAUGCUAGUGAUGUGCAACUUAUUUUACGUCGAACGGGGCCAUCUCUCAGUGAGCGACCCACUUCAGAUAGUGUGGCUCGAAUUCCUGAAAGAACUUUAUACAGGCAAAGUUUGCCCCCCUUGGCUAAACUGAGGCCUCAGAUUGACAAGUCAAUCAAAAGGAGAGAACCUAAAAGAAAAUCAUUGACAUUUACAGGAGGUGCCAAAGGAUUAAUGGAAAUUUUUGGAAAAGGUAAAGAAACGGAAUUUAAGCAAAAGGUGCUGACUAACUGCAAAACAACAGCAGAUGAGUUAAAAAAGCUGAUCCGUUUACAGACAGAGAAGCUUCAAUCCAUUGAGAAAGAGCUAGAAUCAAAUGAAAUAGAAAUACGAUUUUGGGAGCAAAAAUACAAUUCUAACCUUGAAGAGGAAAUUGUCCGCCUGGAGCAAAAGAUCAAAAGAAAUGAUGUAGAAAUUGAAGAGGAAGAAUUUUGGGAAAAUGAAUUACAAAUUGAACAGGAAAAUGAAAAACAGCUAAAGGAUCAACUUCAAGAAAUAAGGCAGAAAAUAACAGAAUGUGAGAGCAAAUUAAAGGGCUAUUUGGCUCAGAUCCAGACUAUGGAAAACGGUCUUGAAGCAGAAAAAUUGCAACGGGAAGUCCAGGAGGCACAAGUCAAUGAAGAAGAGGUUAAAGGAAAGAUUGGUAAGGUCAGAGGGGAAAUUGACAUUCAAGGCCAGCAGAGUCUGAGGCUGGAAAACGGUAUUAAAGCUGUGGAACGAUCUCUUGGACAAGCAACCAAACGAUUACAGGACAAAGAACAAGAGCUGGAGCAGUUGACUAAAGAGCUGCGGCAAGUCAACCUCCAGCAGUUUAUCCAGCAGACAGGGACAAAAGUUACCGUUCUGCCAGCAGAGCCCACUGAAGUGGAGGCCUCACAUGCAGACAUAGAAAGGGAGGCACCUUUCCAGUCGGGGUCCCUGAAGCGGCCUGGCUCAUCUCGGCAGCUCCCCAGUAAUCUUCGUAUUCUACAGAAUCCUAUCUCAUCUGGUUUUAACCCUGAAGGCAUAUAUGUAUAACGUUCUGUGUCUUUAGGGGAGAGACCAAUAAAGGUACCAACAACAGUGAAAAUCUUUUCUUUGAUUUGUGCCAAUGAUGAACAGAGGAUAUAUUUCACAAGCCACUGUAUCUUUUUUUCUGUCCUAAAUUGCAUACCACUUGGAGCCAUACCCUGUGCACUGAUGCUAAAGAACAAAGAAACUGUGUUUUCACACAUCAACAGUGUUGACGUUUUUAUCUAGCAGCUGUAAUGCAAAGCCUUCAUUUUUAUUUGUAGCAUUUUGAGAGCAUUAGGAAAGUAUUAUACUGUGUGUCUACAUAAAUAAAAUCGUGACUUAAGAGUGAAGAGGAAUAUGUGACUGGCUUAGUUUAAUUUAUUCCAUGUAAUCAGUUAAUGUGUGAAUGCUGAUGUUUUAAUAUUUUUAUUACUACUUAUCCUGUGACUGAAUUACAUUGUGUAUUGUGUGAUUAUAACUUUGUGCGCACGUUGCCAGACUCCACCCAUAUAUUACUGAUUUAUAGCUACACAUGCAACAUAGGGUGCUUCACCAUCAAAACUAACUCCACAAGAACCCACUUGCAUUUAUUUUGUGACCCCAUCAUACAUAGCCAUUGCUUAAUUAGGUGAAGUAAUUCAGGUUUUCUAAUUAAUCUGGAGUUUAAUCUUUUCUUUACAAUAUUCCCAGUAUAUGAAUGACCACAUAUCAGAACAGAAAUAUUUUCAUGAGGUAAAUUGUAUGUUAAAAGGUUUGCAGUCCCUCAGACACUGCUGAACAAAGAUGUGAUUGUUGACUAUAUCUCUCCAAACAGGCAUGGGGUUUCCUGACACAUGAUGUGUUGUGUUUCCGCCCUGCCUUAUCAUGUUACUCUCAUGGAUCCUCAGAGUUGCCAUAAUACAUAAGUUAAAGAUACCUGAGGAUCAGGGCAGUCUACUUCAGGAAGGUCGCUUUAAGUGGCAUAUUUUUUAAAUAACCCACUUCGUAGGUAUGGUCUUUUGGUGUGAGGUACCUGAGUAAGGUAUUGCUUGCACAUAAGUUACUCUGUACGUUAUGAACUAUUGCAGUUUCUCCAAUCACUUAGGUAGAGAGAAAGUGGAUUGGAGUUAGGUACUUUUUACCAAGGAAAUAAAGUUAAACUCGGUGUUUGUUUUCAUUUUUGAGCUUGACUUUUACAGGACAUUAAUCUCCAUUUGUACAUGUAUUUUCUUCUUUAUAAAACCAAAAAUGAGUCAGCACCCCUCCCAUGAGUACUGAUCUAACUAAGAUUCACAGGUAAUAUCUGGACAGAGUGAUCAGAUACUUCUUAGUCAUUUUUACGUUCCCUCUGAUCAAAAUUUGGUACAACAUAAUUAAGACCUUAAUCUGAAAUUUAAAGUUUUUAAUUCUGAGGAGAAUACAUUCUCUGUAUUAUUUACAUGCAACAAAGUAACAGUGGAUUAGUAUAUUCAUGCAAUGGUAACAAUAAAAAGAUGUAAGUUAUAUCUUAUGCAUGAGGGCAACUUUGAAUGUUUUAAAACAUUUGACUUAUUUUUGGUCUAAAGAAUGCUAAUAAUGCUGCUAUAUUUAGGUCUCCAAUGAAAAAUUUUAAGAAUGGCUAUGAAAAUACAUAGAAGCUUCUAGAGGACUGAAAGUAAUAAUGCAGAGUUGCCUUUUCUAGUCCAGCUAAAUGGCAGAUCUCAACUAAAGAUAUUAUUUUCUUUGGGUUCUUGGAGUUAUUGAGUUGACCUUGCCAUUAUACUAUUUUACAAAUAACUUGAGAAAUAAAUGAUUCUUACCUAAAUAACCGCAACCUGUACACAUUUGCUCUCAAUUUAUAAUAGUCAUUUCAUAUCUACGUGUAAUUAAAAAUUAGAAUUUUAAAAACUCAAAAUAAUUUGUAGAUUUUAUGAUAAUGAUUUAUGUAUGCCUGAUAUAUGCCUUAUUUUUAAAGGGUUCCAUCCUAUACUAAGAGUCAUUUUUUUAUUGUUGUUCAGAGAAAUUGUGAUCUUAUUCACAAAGAAAAACACUUUUUGUAAAAUGAUCACCUUCUAUUUGAAUCAAAAUGUUAAACUAAAGCUAUAUUAAACUUUGCAACUAUAAAUUGCGAAGAUGCCUUGGCAUGCCAUGAGAAAUGUAAGUCAAUAUCCAAAUUAAUCGUUGUAAAUUACUCUUAGCAUUAACCUAAUAACUCUAAAGAGAGACUGGCAGCAUCCUUCCAACUCGUAGCAGUGUUGGGUUCCCCCGGCCCAGUAUCAUAGAUAGUAACUUCUCUGACAACUUUAUCCAAAUGUUCAAGCUGCCAAAUAAUCUUUACGGACCUAAUUACAGAUAGAAAUACCAUUUCCUAGAUAAGAAGAGUAUAUAAGUGUGAAUUUGAUGAAUACAUUGAACAGCUGUACUUUUUAAUCAGUUAUAUUACUUCUGGAAGCACACCUCUAAGAAAUGUUUUCUAAGGCUUUUUAUAAAAUAGGGUGAAGAAAACUCAUUUCUCUAGAACAUCUUAAAAAUGUUUUAGUCAUUUUUAUCCAUUGUGAAUACAAAUGAGUUAGAUUAAGUGCCACAUCUUUGGAUACCUUUUGGGGCGGUGGGGCGGGUGGUGACAAUGGUAUACAAAAAUACCAAAUAUAAAAUUUUGCAUCUGGGAAAAUAUUCAGGUUCUAAAUACUGAAUUGGAUGACAAGGUUUAUAUAUAUAUAAUACUGCAAGUUGUUUUAUUGUGAUUUUCUACAAGUAUUAAAUACAUUAAAAGAUUAUUUUUUUUAACCAAGUGAUAAUCUGAAAUAGCAUUACUAUAUUUGAACCUUUGAGUAUCUGUCACCUCAGAGAAUGAUCUGUAAUGGGUUGCCUCAGUCCUUUUGUUGUUCUUAUGAGACAUUUUGGUUUGUUAGCAUUUGUUUUUUGUCUUGAUGCACAGGGAAUUUAUAUGUGAGACUUCGGCUGGUAUUAAUAGGAGUUAACCAUUUAAUUCCCACAGUUAUCACUAAACUAGUCAUUAAUUCCCAUAGUUCAAAUUCAUCAUAAACUCAAGCUAAAAUAAGAUUGAUGCUAUAAAAAAUACAGAAUUUAUGGUGUGAAGUGCGAAUUUUAACAGUGAAGAAGAGCAAAUAAGCACCUGCUUCCAGAGAAUAAAUAAAAUUUUUACCUGUAUUAAAAGAAAAUUUUCUUUGUGGAUAAGAGCAAAACAGUCCUUUGAGAAAAGAAAUUCAUUAAAACCAUUUCUAUGAACAUAUUUCCAAAUUAGAACUAUAAUAAUGGAUUGAGGAAAUAAUAUGGAAAAGGCAAAAACUCUUGAUUUCAGGUGUGCAGAGGGCGUGGACAGUUCCCUAUGUGCAUUGCCUUUGAAAAUUGGGCCUUAAUUUAUAUGUAAAUAACAAUGCUGUGUUCACAUCCCUCUUCCACCUUCUAAAGUUGUCUUUAUUUAGUCUGUAUUGUAUAAAAUUUAGCUCAUAAGUAUUACUUUUAUAUUAUGUCCAUUUUUUUAAUUGCAUGUUUAUACUAUUUGCUACAGUAUUUUUAAGUUCUGGGUGAAGGCCAUCAGCUGUAUGGAGAAGACAAAACAAUCACUAUUUAUUCAGUAUUGCUGCUUUACAUUUCCAUAAUAAGCUUUCAAUGCCAGGACAGUGACUGCUUGAAAGCUGCAGGAGCUCUAUUCCAAUGCAUUUUAUAUAUUUUUAGAAACCAAAUAAAUGCAGAUAACUAUUUAGUAUACUAAUUAUAUUAAACCAGCAGAAAUAUAAAGGCAAUAAAGUAUAUGCAUAUAUAUGGGGGGAAGGGAAAGAUUAAAAAAUAGGUUUAAAGCCAGACAUGGUGAUAGCCCUAAAUAUAUUUCUCAAUCUGUCUCUCUUUAUUGACCCAAGGAGGAUUUGAGUUGCUGCAGCUUUAAACAGAAAAUUGCCACGUUCACUAAUUGUGGACACAGAAAUAUGCUUUUAGUACUGCUUUGCUUAUGUACAAAUAUCUGUAAUCUGUAUUAUAUGUAAUUAUUAUUUUCUUUUGACUUUCACUUCAAAAUGUAUAUUUUCUGAUUAUUAUCAUGAGCUGUAAAACAAAGAUCAAUAUCUGAUAUUCUCCCAAAUAAUAAAUUUUCAGGAUUAAUUGGGGCAUUA